GGUACUUGGAUGAGGCUUCGUAGUCCUUUCAAAAUUUAUAGCUAGGUGGCAUCCGAAUCUCAAUCUUGCGUUCCUAGACACCCGCCAAGCUUUGAAACACUUCUAACCCUAGAUCGCCAAGGUCUUGAGGUCACUUUCUACCCCAUAUGUCGGGGGACAAACGUCCGAAAACAUAUGGCGUUUAUAUCAGAGAGACAAUCUGGAGUAAUAUAUCUCCAUGAACCAUUGUCGCCCUCGCCAAUCUCCCACCGUCGAUAAUAGGCUAGGAUAGCUGUACCUAUCUAUAUAAAUAUGGCAUGGACCGCAUCUAGGCAGUCCUGGGAUCGACAGGGGAAAGAAACAACAGAUUCUUAAAUAGACGUGCGCCGCCAAUCUUCAACAUCGAUCGCCUUUGCUUCCCUCUCACCAAACACCAAGGCAUCUCCACCAACCAACCACCCCCAACCAUGCGUCCAACAACCCUCCUAACCGCUCUCCUAACCCACACAACCACCGUCUCCGGCGCCCUAACCUGGACCCUCCAAAAAACCAGCAACCCGACCUCCGACCAAUCGUCCGCCUACGCCUCCAUCGAGGCCGCGAUGCGCGCCGCCGUAGCGCACUACGCCAAGUUCAGCGACGCUAGCAAGACCAUCCGCGUGUACUAUGCACCCGGCGUGCCGACGGCCGAGGCCUCGUAUAACGGGGACCUGCGGUUCGGGGCGGACCGCGCGUACAUGACGGAGCGGACGGCGAUGCACGAGAUCUCGCACACGCUGGGCGUGGGGCAGACGGCGGAGUUCGACCGCCGGUGCGCGGCGGGCGAUUGGCCGACCGCGCUGCCGCUGCUGCGGGGCUGGGACGGCGCGGGCGCGACGAUAAGUUGUGGCGGCGGACACUUCUGGCCUUAUGGGCUGAAUUAUGAGAGUGAGUGGAGCGAGACGAAUGGCGAUCGCCAUGUUAUGAUGGUGGAUGCUAUGUUGAAGGAUGGGAUGUAGGUACUAGGAAGGAAUAGGGGUGGUUUGGGGUAGGGGAAGGGGAAUGGGGAGCUGCGUGUGCUAAUUUCUCGAUUUUGGUUAAUGAGGAGCGAGUAUUACCUGUGAUGGACUUGUGUACGACGGUUUAGCGAUGAGAGUCUAUAGACUUGAUUGACAGUCUAGCUGGACCCUGAACCCUUGGGUUCCCAUCUGCCCCCUUUUCCAUCUUACAACUUUACCAUUGUUUACAUGCAGUACACCACGAGACCAUCGAGAUUUUCCCUAACGCAUAUCAGUUCACAGUAAUAAUCUGAUCCACCUGACUGUUAUUUCCUUGGCUCGGCUGGACUAAAGCGGCGUAUUCUU